AUUGGGCAGAAAUAGGCAAGAUCAAUCUAUGGAGAUUUUUCAUUGUAAACAAAUACUGGAAGUACCGUAUGAACUCUAGUCAUAGUGUAAAAUUUAACUUUAUAGAAUAAAACAAUGGAAAGUAAACCAACUGUGCCACUUACUGUCCAUCAAAAAACUCCAGCUGCAAAAGCUAGUGGACAAAACAGUAAGCUUAAUGCUGAACAAGAAGCCGGUGGACGAUUGAAAGGUGUUCAAGUCGUAAAACCUAUUGUGUACGGCAACGUUGCUUGGUAUUUGGGUGAAAAACGGCAGGAAGAUGGACAUACUCAUCAAUGGAAUGUUUAUUUGAAAGCUUAUGAUCAUGAGGACAUGUCAGUGUAUGUAAAACGUGUUCAUUUUAAAUUGCAUGAGAGCUAUGCUGAUCCAAACCGAGUUUGUCAUGCUCCACCCUAUGGAGUGACAGAAACUGGUUGGGGAGAAUUUGAAGUUGUGAUCAAAAUAUUCUUUCAAGACAGCAAUGAAAGACCCGUAACUAUUUAUCACUUCCUGAAGCUUUUUGAUAGGGAAAAGGAUGGUAAUGUCAAAAAUACGACAGUGCCUGUAAAUUCAGAAUUUUACGAUGAGCUUGUGUUUUGUGAUCCUACUGUUAAAAUGCACAGAUUAUUAAGUCACCCUAAACUAAGUACUCCAGAACAACAACAUAAUACUGAUUAUGAGGGGAAAAAGGUUCAAGAUUUACAAAAAGUAUUAACAGCUAAGAAAAAAGUGAAACAAGAAAUUGAUGAAUUGAAAACAAGGCUUGCAGAAGCAAAAGAAAAUAUCCUGAAACUGAAAUCUAAUGUUUCUUCAUAAGUUUCCGGAUACUUCAUUUGUUUAUGUUGGAAAAUGCCACUUUUUUACUGAAUCAUUAACUAUGGAAUUUGAAACUGUUUUUCAUCAAUAAUCUUUAAAGCAAAACAAACAAAAAAUUAUUUCAAAAUUUAUUCACAUGAUAUAGAAUUUGUUGGCAAUAAUCUCUUUGCAUUUUUAUAUCUGCUUUACUUUCACAUUCAUAAGAUUUUAAAAUUUACUUUUUUUUUAUUCACAUGAUUUUAACAUCCAUUGCCUUCAUUUACCAUGCUAUUUUUUCCCCCCUCUUUUUAUUGAAAACCACAGUUUAUUAAUUUUAUACUGUUAUGUACUGUUUCUUCAUCAUAGACAAUGUUUGAGCUUGAUAGUAUAUCUUUCAUUCAUUUUUUAAAAAAAUCUCAUUUGUUGACUGUUUCUUUUAUAUCAUCUGCUUUGUAAGAUUUUAAUCUGUGUAUAAUAAUUUUUAUUAAAAUUACAUUGUUAUUA